AUGCUUGGCAAAAUCGCCCUCGAAGAAGCCUUCGCGCUUCCCAGAUUCGCUGAAAAGACCAAAUGGUGGGCCGGGCUAUUUGCCACAGAUACAGCCAAACACACAGCUGAGAUCAACGACGUCGGUCCUAUUCGGUUGGACUUUGCAGAGAAACACGGCGUCGGACUCCAGAUCCUUAGUUACACCGCACCCGGUGUGCAAGAUAUCUGGGAUGCCAAAGAUGCGCAGAGUCUCGCCGUUGAGAUCAACGAUUAUAUUGCUGCAAAGGUGCAGGCUCAUCCGGAUCGCUUCGCCGCUUUCGCUACGCUAUCCAUGCACGAUCCACAAGAAGCUGCCGACGAGCUGCGCCGCUGCGUGACACAGUAUGGGUUCCUCGGGGCUUUGGUGAAUGACACACAGCGAGCAGGCGAGGACGGCGAAGAUAUGAUCUUCUACGAUAACGAGAAGUGGGAUGUCUUCUGGCAGACGUGUACGGAGCUCGACGUGCCUCUGUAUCUGCACCCGCGCAACCCGACAGGCACCAUUUAUGAGAAGAUGUGGGCUGAUCGGAAGUGGUUGAUUGGGCCACCGCUGUCAUUUGCACACGGAGUCAGUCUGCAUGCUCUUGGAAUGGUGACGAACGGCACAUUUGAUCGGAACCCCAAGCUGCAAGUGAUUCUGGGCCAUUUGGGAGAGAGAAUCCCCUUCGAUAUGUGGCGGAUUAAUCACUGGUUUGAAGAUCGCAAGAAGAUGCUCGGGUUGCAGGAGACGUGCAAGAAGACCAUUCGGGAAUACUUUGCGCAGAAUUUGUGGAUUACGACCAGUGGUCAUUUCUCGACCACUACGCUCAAUUUCUGUAUGGCUGAGGUUGGAGCUGAUCGCAUUCUGUUCUCGAUUGAUUACCCCUUCGAGACCUUUGAGGAUGCCUGUGACUGGUUUGAUAAUGCGGAGAUGUCGAAUACGGACCGAGUGAAGAUUGGAAGGGAGAAUGCUAAGAAGCUUUUCAAGCUGGGGCCCUACAAGGACAGCGAGGCUUAG